CCGCAGCCCGGAAAAAGACAGCAGUGCCCGUUGUACCAGCGAGCACAUGUAUGUGCUUUUAUAAAGGUGAAGGGUCUCCGAAACCGAGCUGUCAUUUUUACCUUUCUUUGAAGACCACGGCAGGCUACACCAAAGGGAAGGGCAGGCACCCACACAGACAUGGCGACAUCCAGCUCCUGUGUUGUGAUCAGUGAUGAGGAGCAGGGGUAUGACCUGGACCUUUUCUGCAUACCAAAGCACUAUGCCACUGAUUUGGAUAGGGUCUACAUCCCACAUGGACUCAUCUUGGACAGGACAGAGAGACUGGCCAGAGAGAUCAUGAAGGAAAUGGGGGGGCACCACAUCGUGGCCCUCUGCGUCCUCAAAGGGGGCUACAAGUUCUUUGCAGACCUGCUUGACUACAUCAAGGCCCUGAACAGGAACAGCGACCGCUCCAUCCCAAUGACAGUGGACUUCAUCCGCCUCAAGAGCUACUGUAAUGACCAGUCGACAGGUGAAAUCAAAGUCAUCGGAGGAGAUGACUUGUCUACGUUGACAGGCAAGAAUGUCUUGAUUGUGGAGGAUAUUAUCGACACAGGGAAGACAAUGAAGACGUUACUGGAACUCCUCAAACAGUACAAUCCCAAAAUGGUUAAAGUAGCAAGUUUGUUGGUGAAGAGAACACCAAGGAGUGUUGGCUACCGACCAGACUUUGUAGGAUUUGAGGUCCCGGACAAAUUUGUGGUGGGAUACGCGCUAGACUACAACGAGUACUUUAGAGAUCUAAAUCAUAUCUGCGUCAUUAGUGAAAGCGGGAAGGAGAAAUACAAGGCAUGAAGAGCAGCUAGUAACAUUUUUUAACGUAUGGAUAUAUCUUUUCCUUUUUUUGAGUUUCAUUUUAUAUUUGAUUGCAUCAUAUUUUUGUCAUAAAAAAACCAACUCAGCCUGCUCAGGGUCCCUGAGGAUACACUGUUAUAGUGACAAUCCUGACAGUUUUAGCCACCACACACGCUAGGUUCAAAAUGAAUUGCCUUAGACAGAACCACAUCUGGGUUAAACAGCAUGGAGCCCAGCUUUCUUAGAGUUAGUACAAUGCUUUAAUGCCCCAACACUGAUUGAUCACUUUGUAAGCGAUGGAGUAAUUUAUUCAGAGCAAUGCUGCUAGCUUAAUUUACAAUAUCACAAUUUUUGUGCUACCAUAAGAUUCCAACAUUGACAACUUAUUAUUUUAUAAACUAUUUCUUUUAAUGUAAUUGUACUUUUAUUGGGAAAUAUCAAUAGCUGCUUUAUGAGCACCUUUAAAGAGGAUGUUACAUUUUCUUUAAGUUUCUAUGUACAUAUAGGGAGGUUAUAUGUUAUUAUGUUAUAUGAUAAGAUAAAUUGUGUUUUAAAAAAAGUACCACAAAUGUCGGUUGCUGUCCCUAAUUGAACACAUGGAUAUGCUGAAGAUGAAAUAUCCUCUUAUUUAUGAGUGUAUAGUGGUUAUUUUGUCUGAACAUGUAUCCAAUUUCUUUGUGUAAUACUGAGGGUUUUUUUCUGGGUUUUUUUUAAAUGCUGGAAAAUAUUUCAACUUCAACUGAAGUCAAAUGUUACUCAAUCAUAUGUUUAAAUCAAUUUAUCUGUAACCCCUAUUAUUGAAUCAGGCAGACAUAAUUUAAAUACUUAAAAAAAAAAUUGUUACUAUAUAAUUGAACCUCAUUCAGUGGUGCCAUCGCUUAAAUCAUUGUCAACUGAAUAUUUCAACACCAGCCAUUAAAUGUUCACACCCUU